AUGAACCGUAUAAGUACGAGAGAAAUUUGUAUUCGUGCUGAGGUGGUACCGAUUCUUAAGGAAUGUCUCUAUUUUCCAGGCAUCUUGAACAAAUUAGCUGGCACGAACCUCCAUUGGGCAUGCACGUCGUUAGAGAAUCUCUACUCAAAUAACAGCCGUAACUCUGUGAACACAGCGCUCACGCAACUGUGGCUGGACGCGACUGUUGCUGUGGCCGGUACACCGGAUCGAAUGGUCGCCGAACAUGCGGCUUUGGUCGCUGUUUUGCACGCAAACGUGGCUAUGGACAUAGGUGCUUAUUUUCUACAAGAGCUGACGAAAAAGUUCGACACCAUGAUGCAGACUCCACAGCCAGUGGAGGAUAAGACCUUAGAUAAUAUCGUUUGUUGUUUGGCACAUCUUUAUACUUUCAAGAUUUACCACGCCACACUACUCUACGACAUACUAUCCCGUUUGCUAGAAGAUCUUACAGAAAAGAACAUAGACUGCGUUCUCGUGGCGCUGCGCAAUGUAGGUGGCGUUUUACGUAAAGAGGAGCCAUUGGCGUUGAAGAAUUUUAUACAUGACACGCAGAGCAGGGUUGCCAAAAUUACUGAGGAUGCUGCCACUGGGUCCCGAAUAAAAUUCCUCCUAGAAGUGCUUUUAGCAGUGAAGAACAACAAUCUCGCAAAAAUACCUAACUACGACCCGACGUAUAGCGAGCAUUUGCGAAAGCAUAUUAGAACCAUCAUUCGGAAAGGCAACUACAUAACGCCGCUUAAUAUACGACUCGAGGACUUGUUAAAAGCGGAAGAACGUGGUAAAUGGUGGAUAGUAGGCUCCGCAUGGGAGGGUAACCGACCUAAGCAAGAAGCGGUUAAAGCAGUCCCUUACAUGGACAUGAAAUUGUUGGAACUGGCAAGAAAACAGAGAAUGAACACUGACGUCAGACGGGGCGUGUUUUGUGUUAUCAUGAGCGCUGAGGACUACAUGGACGCGUUCGAAAAGCUGCAACACCUGGGCCUGCGCGGGCAGCAGGACCGUGAAAUUGUACACGUGCUGUUAGCCUGCUGUUUGAAUGAAAAGACCUAUAACCCUUACUACGCCGUGCUCGGACAGAAGUUGUGUGAUACCGACCGCAAAUACCAGGUACUUUAUAACGUUCAUUUGAUAACGAUGAUGAAUAAACGUAUUACGAUUCGUAAUAUUUUAUUUUGACUACCAGUUUAAAGU